AUGUCUGCUGCCAGCAACCUGCGAUCUGAAGAUCAGUUUCUGUGCUCCAUCUGUCUGGAUGUGUUCACUGAUCCAGUCACCACAUCGUGUGGACACAACUUCUGCAAAAAGUGCAUCACUCAGCACUGGGAUGUUAAUCAUAAGUACAAGUGUCCCUUGUGUAAUGAUAUUUGUUUGAGUAGACCUCAGCUGAAGAUCAACACCUUCAUCUCUGAGAUGGUUGCUCAGUUCAGACGUGAAGCUCAGCAGAAAGCCAGCAGCAGCAGCUCAGAGCAACAAGCUGCCAAACCAGCAGAAGUUCCCUGUGACGUCUGCACUGGAACCAGACUGAAGGCCCUGAAGUCCUGCCUGGUGUGUCUGACCUCCUACUGUCAGACUCACCUGGAGCCUCAUCUGACAGCUACAAGUCUGAAAAGACAUCAGCUGAUUGAGCCUGUGGAGAACCUGGAAAGCAGGAUGUGUAGGAAGCACGAUAAACAUCUGGAGCUGUUCUGUAAGACCGACCAGACAUGUGUCUGCAUGCUCUGCUCUGUUUUAGAUCACAAGACUCAUGAAGUUGUUCCUCUGAGAGAAGAAUAUGAAGGAAAGAAGGCAGAGCUGGAGAAGACAGAGGCUGAGAUUCAGCAGAUGAUCCAGAAGAGACGACUGAAGAUUCAGGAGAUCAAAGAGUCGGUGAAGAUGAGUAAAGAUGCUGCAGACAGACAGAAAGCAGAAGGUGUUCAGGUCCUCACGGCUCUGAUGGAGUCUGUUGAGAGACGCCUGAAGGAGCUCAUAAAGGAGAUCGAAGACAAACAGGAAACUACAGAGAAACAGGCUGAAGGUCUCAUCAAAGAUCUGGAACAGGAAAUCUCUGAGCUGAUGGAGAGAAGCUCUGAGGUGGAGCAGCUCUCACACUCUGAAGACCACCUCCACCUCCUCCAAAGCUUCUCCUCCCUGAAAGCUGCUCCACCAAUCAGGACUGGACAGCUCCUUGAGGUCAGGUUCUGUCAACCAUCAUAUGAGGGGACUGUGGUGAGAGCUGUCGCUCAGCUGGACGAGACACUCAGGAAACUCAUGAAGAAGCUGUUUGAGGCAGAGCUGAAGAGGGUCCAGCAGUAUGCAGUGGACGUGACUCUGGAUCCUGAUACAGCGAAUCCUGACCUCAUCCUGUCUGAUGAUGGAAAACUAGUGAAGUGUGUUGAUGUGAAGAAGAAUCUUCCAGACAACCCAGAGAGAUUUUCUCUCUGUGUUUGUGUUUUAGGAGAGCAGAGUUUCUCUUCAGGCAGAUUUUACUUUGAGGUUCAGGUUAAAGGAAAGACUGACUGGGACUUAGGAGUGGCCACAGAGUCGAUCAACAGGAAGGGAAAAAUCAGACUGAGUCCUGGGGACGGUCUCUGGACUGUAUGUCUGAGAAAUGGAAGUGAGUACGCAGCUCUUGAUGCCCCUUCGGUCCGUCUCUGUCUCCGGUCUGGUCCUGAGAAGGUGGGGGUGUUUGUGGACUAUGAGGAGGGUCUGGUCUCCUUCUAUGACGUAGAUGCUGCAGCUCUGAUCUACUCGUUCACUGGCUGCUCCUUCUCUGGGGAACUCCUCCCGUACUUCUGUCCUUGUAUCAGUGAUGGUGAUAAGAACUCUGCGCCUCUGCUGAUCACUCCUGUCUGGGACGUUGACCGUCACUAUUAUUAUUAUUAUUAUUACUAA